CCCUUCGGCGACAAAGUGCAGUACAGCCUCCAUGAAGCGACAACCCAGUGAGAGCAGCGACUGUCAGUGAGGCGAAAUUGAUCGCGUUUAGAUAAAACAAGAAAUACAGCACAUUAAAUGCCCUGCUUUAUCCCACCUCUAUGACUUCUCCAGAAGAUGAGAGUGUUCCCUGGAGGCUAAUAGGCCCUGUGUCGGAGCUGUCCAAGAAACAAUGCCGACUGAUCUAUUCGUCUGAGGGACGCGACGCGGAUGUUUGCCUGUUUCAGGUGAACGGGGAAUUCUUCGCGAUGGACGCUCGCUGCGCUCAUUCGGGAGGUCCGCUGUGUGAUGGAGAUAUCGAGGAGGCCGAUGGUGUUCUUCAGGUUUUCUGUCCUUGGCAUGACUAUGACUUCAAUCUCAAAACGGGGAAAUCAAGCACAGGUUUACAGGUCUGCUGCAGCUGUGCUGGAAUCCUCCAUUGUGUCAACUCCUGCCAGGACUCUGGAGACGGCCGCUCUGAUCUUCUCUUGUUCGGAGCCACUGAACCCCUAGAUUUCACUUCCAUGCUUCCAGCAAAUGAGCUCUCUAGAGAGGGUCUUGACUAACUGAUCUUGCACUUUAUACCCUAAACCUGACACACAUUAACACCAGAGCUGUGUUUAAUUUAGAAGUGUUUUGAAAAUGCCUUUUAGAUUCAUAAUUGGAGGAUUUGCAAACAGGAUGCAGAAUGUGAAUUUAAGACAGCAGAAUCAAAGUACAAAGAAAUGUCAUAUAAUGAUAAGAGGACAAACCAAGGAUAAACUUAGCAACACACAGCAUGUCUGAACCAGAUACAGUGUAAUUUGUUCUGUCUACAUUUAUUUAAUGUGAAACUGUUUGCGUAUGCGAUGUCGGGCAGGAUUUUGAAGUAAUGAGAUUUCACAGUGGGCGGGGCUCCUCAAGAGUGGCAUAGUGUUACCAGUGUUGAAGAAAACUACACAUUUAAUAAAAUAAAAUUAAUUGAAAUAAAACUGCAUAACUGGAAACCAGAUAUUAACUGACAGCCCUAAAAUACUACAACUACAUACAAUUCUACAUUCUAUGUACAUACACACACACACACACACACAAACAUAAACAACAGAGAAAAUAAUGACAACUAAACUACUGUAAGCAGACAACUAAAAAAAGAAAAGAAAAAAAAUUAAUUCAUUAAAAUGUAGAAAUAAAAAACAGACACAGAGAACUGUUCGGUUAGAAAACAAAUCUUCAUAAUAAAAAUCUGUCUUUUUUUAUUCUCAAAAUGCAACGAUUAGUUCUUAAAACAUUAACUUUGGCAGUCCUAAAAUGCUCAAAUUAAAAUUUAGAAAAAUUCUAAAAACAGACAAAAAACUAAUACUGAAAUAAACCUAAGAACAUUACAGUGAAAACUGACAAAAACUGACGACAAAAACUAAAAAGAUGAAUUAUAAAUAAAAUAGAAAUAAAAACUAAAUUAAAAGUUCAAAGCGAAUACCUGGUGUGGUGCUGCAAAACUCACAGCCUGCUUGUCAAAAUCUACACUUGAAAGAAAACAUCAGUUUUAUUAAUUGUAUUCCUUUUCUUUUCCCAUUUAUUCUGUGUUAUCAUGUAGGAAUGGGAAAAUACAGGAAUGGUCACAGACAGUGUUUUACGAGAGGUAAUGUCAGUCUGCAUUUUUCACUGAAAACACAAAGAACGUUUCAUGAGCCAUGGUGAUAAAAAUAACUUCCUGAUAUCUAAAGCAGCGAGUGAUCACAGACAUCAGCCUUGACGUAGCUUAACACCAAAGCACUUAUCCCCCCGAUGUAGACGGAUGACGUUGAUCUUGGCAUCCACUGCCGAGGAUAGUUUGGUUGUGAAAUCACAAUUGUGGUAAAAUAUGACCAAGAUUCGGUCCCCCCCUCACACACACACAAGCGUAUACUGAUGUAAUGCUUGUCUCAGAGCUACCGGCCGGCGUGUUUUCUUUAGCUGCAAUUUAUGGCGACCUCACAGAGGUCACAGCACAGGAAGUUUUGUUGACGCUAACCGCAGCAGCUGCUGGUGACCGGGAGCCUUGGAGGGGAGGAAGGUUCAGUUUGUAAAACGCUUCUUAACAAGGGUUGAAAAUUCACACAAGCCAAAUCAGGAAACAAUUUGGGGCUUUAACCGACUCUCAGGUAGGUCAAGAGGAGCCCUGCGCUGCCUGUCAGCCUGACUGAAUCCAGAUGGAUGGUGACCGCAGUAGUCUGGUUUGAGUUGGCCUGGCUCUAUCGAAACGCUCGUGUCGCUCCGAGACGUAAGGCCCGAGACUGCAGGCCGGCCACAGACAAAAGACUUUCAACACCUUCAGUGACGGUGCAUUGGAUUUGUCACAAGGGAUUUUUAAGGAGAAGUCAAAGUGCAGUUUGGAGGUGAAUGAACCCAACUGCUGCUGAUUUUACUGCUCACGGCAAGACAUAGCAUGACCCCGCAAAAAAAGCUAAAUCACCUUUUUGUAACCCUUUUUGUAUAGAAGCUUAUUUCUGACAAAAACAAUAAAGAAAUAAUCGCUGUAAGUGUUGUGUUUCUUUAUAUAUAUAUAUAUAUAUAUAUAUAUAUAUAUAUAUAUAUAU